UGAUGAUGAAUACAUUGGAAAGUUUUUUGGCCCCGGCUGAGGGUGUCAAAUUGAAUGGCCCGGUGGUGCGCAUGUGCGAAGGUGUCCCGAACUGACAAUGCGGGUGAGAUGAAGAUAGUGCUGCUGCAGCUUCUGGGCUCACGGAGGAACGGCGCGAGGAAUCUACUACUACGACAAGACGCGACGCGAUGAGGUCCAAAGCGCGGGCGAGAAAACUGGCCAAAAAUGACAGUGAGCCAGUGGACAGCAUGUACGAUGACACAGAGACCGACCUGCCCUCCCUAGCGCCCGGGGCGGGAGCAGGCACUGACAGCCCAGAUGAAGAGCCUGAAGAUGGGUCACUCAUCCACAUGUCCCCCUUACCCUCACCGACAAACCUGCAACCACACCCCAACAACCACGCCAACCACCAUCACCUCCUGCCCCAACACAUCUACUCCCACAUGCUGCAUCAUCAUAGCAACAGCAGCAGCAACGACCAGGAGUGCACCACGCCCAAAGAGGGGUCGCCCUACGAGGCUCCUGUCUACAUUCCUGACGACAUUCCCAUUCCCAAUGAGCUGGAGCUUCGGGAGUCUUCGAUACCAGGGGCUGGGCUCGGUAUCUGGGCCAGAGUCCGGAUCGGUGCCGGGGAGAGGUUUGGCCUGCACAGUGCGCUGCAACAUGGUGCCAAAGAGGGCUCCUUCAGCUGGGAGAUGAUGAACGACCAUGAAGACUUGUCACCCGACAGCUGCAUCAAAAAGGUGGUAAACAACAUGGGCCCUAUGCGCUUCUCCCUGGACAGCUCUGGACCGGACCCCCCUUCAUCCAACAGCAACUGGCUCCGAUACAUCCGCUCUGCCCCCUCCUUCCAGCAGCAGAACAUGGUGGCCUGUCACCUCACUGGGGACCAGAUCUACUACAAAACGGUCCGAGACAUCGAGGCGGGGGAGGAGCUACUGGUGUAUAUGAAGGACGGCAUUUUCCCCGAGGGAUCCAUGGCACCCAACUUGCAGGACGAGCAGAUGUACCGCUGCGAGGAGUGCGAUGAGCUUUUUUCCUCUACGUUGGAGCUCAGGAGGCAUCAGAAGUACUCGUGCUCAGGCUCCUUUGGCCCCCUACAGGACGACUUCAAACAGGAGAGGGAGGACAGCGACGAGCCCAUCCACGAGUGUAAGGACUGCGAGAAGAUCUUCCCCAAUGAAUACAGUUUGGGUCAGCACAUGAUCGUCCACACUGAGGAGAGGGAGUACAAGUGUGACCAGUGUCCCAAAGCCUUCAACUGGAAGUCCAACCUCAUCCGCCACCAGAUGUCCCAUGACAGUGGCAAGCGCUUUGAGUGUGAAAACUGUGAUAAGGUCUUCACAGACCCCAGUAACCUGCAGAGGCACAUCCGCUCCCAGCAUGUGGGGGCUCGUGCUCAUACCUGCCCUGAGUGCGGCAAGACUUUUGCCACAUCUUCAGGGCUAAAACAACACAAGCACAUCCACAGCAGUGUCAAGCCCUUUAUCUGCGAAGUGUGCCACAAGUCCUACACCCAGUUCUCAAACCUCUGUCGUCACAAGAGAAUGCACGCUGACUGCCGCACUCAGAUCAAGUGCAAGGACUGCGGCCAGUUGUUCAGCACUACCUCGUCCCUCAACAAACACCGGCGCUUCUGUGAGGGCAAAAAUCAUUACAGUUCCCCAGGGGCCAUGUUCAACCCCGGCAUUCCCAUGAGCUCCAGCCCUAUCAUAGCCAAGGCCAAAUCCCACCACCCCCACCUCCCAGGCCUCAACCAGUCCAGUCUAGGCUUCACUGACUAUUUUCCCUCUAGACCUCAUCCUCACGCCGGAUUGCCCUUCUCCCCGGGACCCCAUGGAUUUCCUUCGCUCCCUCAUGGUUUCCCUGGAAUCUUCCCCCCAUCGUUGUACUCCCGUCCUCAAUUAAUACCCACUAGUCCUUUACUUAAAAGUCCCGUAGGGACCAAUGGUCAGGAGGUAAAACUACCCCGCAGCCCCCUUGAUGGCCCCCCUCUGUCCCUGGUCAUGUCGACAAACAACAAUGCAGGCAAUGGGCAUAGUCAAUCAGACGAUAAAGAAAAGAACCACAAGCUAGAUAUAUCCACAAGCAUAGACGUGAAGCCCAAAUCCAAGAUGGCGGAUAUAUCCGAUGGCAGCGACCUGGAAGACGUCAACACCACCAGCGGAACGGACCUGGACACGACCACAGGCACAGCGUCAGGGGAGGGGUCAGACCUAGAGAGUGAGGGGGACAGUGAACGAGAACGCAGUAAGAGGAGAAAGCCAUUGGGGGCAGCGAUGAGCCAGGAGGGCAACCAGCAGGAAGACACAAACAGUGCAUUGGUGUCUGCAGUGUCCAGUUCCGGGAACCUCUCCAUUGAACGUCCCUUUCUGAAUGCCUCCUCUCAGCCAUCCUUCUUCCCCCCUCCCGACGAACAAGCCCUCCCACCCACAUCCAUGAACGCCAGUUCUGCUGCUACAGACUCCAUCAAAGCGAUUGCAUCGAUUGCCGAGAAAUACUUUGGGCCGGGUUUGAUUGGUUUGCAUCAGGAAAAGAAGAUGGGACCCUUACCUUACCAUUCGAUGUUCCCCUUCCAAUUCUUGCCCAACUUUCACAACUCACUUUACCCGUUUGCCACAGAGCGUGGUGGACUCAAUGCUAGCAUGUUCUUCAAGUCAGAGCCCAAAUCACCACGGGAGCACUUACACAAAAUCGGUGGACAUCUUGCAAUGUCAGCCGAGUCACCAUUUGAUCUCACAACAAAGCCCAAGGAACCUAAGCUGCCCCCUCCCGCACCAACAAACCCACCCCACAACAACAGUAGCACUAGCAGCAGUAGCGGACCUCAAGCUGCCUCUACUGGGGAUGAACAGCCAUUGGAUCUUAGCAUCAGCACCCGCAGUCGGACAGGGCAUAACGGAGUGGCAGCUGAACCUCCAAAUCGGAAAAACCACAUCUAUGGAGUUGGGAAAAGUUUGUCAGUAAAAGAAGACAACAUUGCUGCGUUCCCACAUCUUCAUCCCCAGACAAUGCACCAGUCCAUGAGCCAGCAUCAGCAGCCCCCCUCGCAACCCCCCCAGCCUCCGCCUUUGCACUACGCUAAGCCCUCAGCCUUCUUCAUGGACCCCAUAUACAGCAGGGUGGAGAAGAGGAAGCUGCUGGACCCAGUGGGUGCUCUCAAGGAGAAGUUCCUGCGACCAUCACCUCCACUUUUCCACACACAGAUGUCUGCAAUGGAGAACAUGACAGAGAAACUGGAGAGUUUUGGGGCAUUGAAGUUGGACGGUCCCGCCGGCUCCCUGCAGCAUUCCUCACACCCUCUGUUCAACUUCCGCUCGCCCCCUUCCUCGCUGUCUGACACCAUCUUGCGCAAGGGCAAGGAGCGCUAUGCUUGCAGGUACUGUGGGAAAAUCUUCCCACGAUCAGCUAACCUCACCCGGCAUCUACGGACGCACACAGGCGAACAACCCUACAGAUGUAAAUACUGCGACCGAUCGUUUAGCAUCUCGUCCAACCUUCAGCGCCACGUCCGGAAUAUCCACAACAAGGAGAAGCCAUUCAAGUGUCACCUGUGUAAUCGCUGCUUCGGCCAGCAGACCAACCUGGACCGCCACCUCAAGAAGCACGAGCAUGAGAACAUACCAGUGAGCCAGCAGUCCGGGAUGUUGUCCAACUUGGGCACCACCAUCUCGUCCCCAAACUCAGAGCCCGACAAUCACGCACUUUUAGAUGAGAAGGAGGACUCAUACUUCUCUGAAAUACGCAACUUCAUCUCCAACAGCGAAGUGAACCAGGCCUCCAGCUCUACGGACAAGAGGUCAGACACGGCGGAGGAGGAACGUCCGCUUGGCCACGGAGUGAGCACCUCCAAGCAGGGCCUGCGGGGGCUAGAGGACGAAGAGGAGGAGGUGGAUGGAGAUGAUGAGGAGGAAGAGGAGGGCAGCCUGACUGAGCGUUCCCAUGACGAAGCGCCCGAGUCGCCCUGCCGACUCACAGUUGGGCCUCCUGAGUCCCCCUGCCCACUCACUGCCGGGGCAUCUCCGCUCACGGCAGGUGCGUACGAAGAAGACGAAGAGGAGGAGGAUGGCGUGCCCCUAGCAAUGAGCUACGAACACACGCGCAGGUGUUUGGAAGAGGGGGCUCUCUUGGACUUGGAAGGGCUGCCCAGUUUUCCUAAGAGCCUCCCAGGGCUGAGGAAAGGCCCCAGUGAGGAGCAACCAUUCGAUGUUAAAGACAUUUUUAACACCUCACUAGAGUCAGAGGCUUUGAAAGAGACUUUGUACAGACAGGCUAAAACACAGGCUUAUGCAAUGAUGCUGUCUCUGUCGGAGAACAACCCUCUUCACGCUCCCUCGCAGAGUUCGCUGGACGCUUGGCUGAGUAUGGGCGGAGCACCGUCUGAGACAAGCAACUUUCACCCACUCAACCACAUCUGAAGCAGGGGGCAGAGGGGACAGAGGACACAGGAGAGAGCGCAAGUGGGAUCUGAGACAGAGACAGUCUGUCUCAAAGACAGUAUGCCUCAGACCCUGCCCACAUGAAGGACUGCUCUGAUGUCCCCUCUCUACACCUACAGACGCUGAAAGACAGCCUCCACAAGCACUGUAUUUGUAAUGCAUGUCCACCAGGUGGCACUGUUUCACUGGAGUCAGCCUGGAACAGAGCAUUGGACUGUCUCUUCCCACUGGUCACUGACUUCUCACUGAUGUUCUUUAAGUUGCAACUGCAGAAUCAACAUUAGCACCAGACUAAUCCGACCAUCACAUGAUUCGAAUCAUAGCACAGAUGACGCUGAAAAGUGACUUUAUUGAUCUCCCGUGUGAACAGAAUUAAUUUGAAUCAAGUCUCAUUCACUUUUUUCCUUAGAUACAACAGUAUUCUUUAAGCACAUCUGUGCUUCAUGUUAAUAUCAUUUCAGAGAAGGACCAAAUUGUAUGAUACUGUCAUAUGAUGUAAAAUAGUGGUAGCUGAUCAUGUGCCAAAUAACCCCUCCAAUCGUUUGGUUCUCUGACAAUCAUUUGUUUUUCAGAGCAACUUGUAGUUUUCACACAGAAGCAUUGAUUUUGUGAGUGUGUAUUUAUUCAAUUGUAGAUUUGUAUUUGAAGUCAUGACGUUUAUCCUUAUGUUGUAGAAGGAACCCUGUGUAUCCAAAUACAGCAGAGGUUCUAAACCUCUGCGUGCCAAAUUGGAAACAAUGUUUAAGUUACUGCUCUUAUUUAUAUUCAUUGUUAACUGUAGUUAGUUUUUAUUCAUCCCUUUGGCCUUGCCAGGUCCUUUUCUGUUCUUUUACACAGUAUGCAAAUUGUUAAAUUGAGUAGUAUUGGGGCAAAUUGUUCUCUUGAAAAAUAGUCUUCGAAAAUGCCCCAAUUUCAUCAACAUUUGCCCAUCAUUGAAAACCCAACCAUCUACAGCAAAACACAAAAUGCUAUUACUAAUACUAUUCCAAACUCCUCUCAAAUGGUUAGUAGUCCGUUGUGUCACUGUGGCUGACUGUAGAUAACUGUAGAUAGACCAGAAAUGAAGCCUUGGUCCUGUCUUGUACCUGAGUUUUUUCUAAAUACUUCUAAUGCUGUAUCUUCAAAACUAGCACUUAAAAACCACAUGGGACCAAGCCAUGCAUUGAUCAGGCUCUGGUCUCACCAACAGUACAAGAAUAAAAGCACUGUAUUUUUUAUUUUUUUAUUUUUUUGACAACAGGGGGUAGGGUAACACUUAAACAAUGUUGCAUACAUACAUUCUUGUCAUAUAAUGUAUGGAUCUACUGAUAAAGGAUGUCAUUCGCCCAGAUAUAUUGUUUUCAACAUAUGGUCUAUGCGAAAUGGACAGGAUUUCAUGCAUGUUAUAUCCAAUUCUAAGCAUU